GACACUGCCAGGAUGGGACUGUUGACGAUAUUGAGGAAAAUGAAGCAGAAGGAGCGAGAGAUAAGACUGUUGAUGUUAGGUUUGGAUAAUGCUGGCAAGACCACCAUCCUAAAGAAGUUCAACGGUGAAGAUGUCAGCACCAUCUCGCCAACGCUGGGCUUCAACAUCAAGACCCUGGAGCACAGAGGGUACAAGUUGAACAUCUGGGAUGUUGGCGGUCAGAAGUCUCUGCGCUCCUACUGGAAGAACUACUUUGAGAGCACGGAGGGUUUGGUGUGGGUGGUGGACAGCACUGACACGAUGCGGCUGGAGGACUGCAGACUGGAGCUGAGCAAACUGCUGCAGGAGGAGAGGCUGACAGGGGCGACACUGCUGGUCUUUGCAAAUAAGCAGGAUCUGCCAGGAUCACUGAGCAAAGAGGAAAUACAGAAGGCUCUAAAUCUGGACGACAUCAAGAGUCACCACUGGUGCAUCAUCAGUUGCAGUGCAGUCACGGGACACAACCUGCUGGAGGGAGUGGACUGGCUGCUGGACGACAUUGCUGCCCGAAUCUAUACGGCCUUUUGACUACAGCUGUCCUGUGUGCAGGGCCAAUUCAGACUGCAUUUCUAAUGAAAGCCAUGCAAGGGCAGGAUGAACAUGUUCUCACAUGAAAAAAAACAACAAAAAACAUCCAAUUCAAUAUGGUUGGAGAAAACUGGAUCUCCAGAAGAAAGUUGACAUUUAAUCGGAGGAGGGCUGCCGGAGCAUCUGUGUGAUCCAUCGGGGAUACUGUAUGUCCAUGUUUACAACAACAGUGACCUGAGACUCUGCUUCACUUGAUAUUUAUUCACAUUGGACUUUAGUAAGAUGGAAUUUUAAAGUCACCCAUCUUUGGAUCUUCACCACAAAGCAGAUCUGUCAAAUUGAAAAACCAACACCUUCACAUGCUCUGGUUACAUGAACGGUAACAAUAAAUGCCCCGUCUGACAGUGCUUUUCAUGAGUGUAUGAAUCGCGACAAUACUUUUCCCAAAUGUCCGUUAAAGCCCAUCGUUGAUCAGGUUGGGGUCCAUGUGCACACUUGCGCCAAUUGUGUCAGGGCUGGCUGGUCUAACUGCCACAAUUGAUAGUCACCCAGCACAGUAUAUUUGAGAAACUGAAAUAGGCACUUUAUCUUAAGCACAAACUACAGAUCAGGUCAUU